UUUCUACAGCGGUGCACGACGGGCACUCAGCAAAACGAAAAUCGAAAAAACCGACGAAACACGGAAAACACGGAUUCGAUUCACUCGUUUCGUUUGGUUGAACUUAACCGAAUCCGCAGUCCGAAUCCUCAGCAAUGUGCGCGCCAAUCUGCAAAACAAUCGCCCAGUGAAUUUAGGGUUUUGCAAGUCAAUUUCGCUUCGCCGCCGUCGCACACUCACUUUAACACCAGCACCGCACACACACACACACGCGCAUAGUAGAAAAAAAAGUUGCAACAAAAAAAAAACAAAAACACCGCUCGUGGGAAAAUCGAUUUUCCUUUAUCCAAAUUUGAAACAUUCGCUGUUAAUUCCGGGUUCUCCAAACACUAGUACUCUAUUUUUUUCCUGUGCAAAGUACUCUGCAAGAUCGAAAGAGAGCAGUGUGAACCGGUGAGAGGGAAAGGACGAAAGAAAAAUUAUCAAGUUUAUAAAUAUACAUAUAUUCCCAUAUAAAAAUUGCAAAUAUUAAUGAACAAGACAAGAUCAGCACCAACAACAAAAACAAAACCCCAGCAACAAGAAAUUCUAAUACGAAAAUAAACCAAACAAAUCGGCGGGCGCAAAAGAGAGAGCGAGAGAGUAAAAGACGGGAGAGGCGCCAAAAGAAAAGUGUAUAAUUUUCGCGGCACACCCAAAAACGCGGAUAACUCCCGCCCACCACCGCCACGCCCCCUGCCUCCUGCCACACCAAUAACAACAACAAACUGCAGCUAAAAGAAAAUCGAAGAAAAGAGAAACAGAUAGAAAAAUAAACCCAAACAUUCGGACACUUCCUCUUCUUCUACCCACUUCGUUUUGGCAUGGAAAACAUGAAAUGUCUGACCAGGAAUCAGAGCUGAAAGUCUUAAAUGCAAGCAAGCCAGCGGCAGCAACCAAGUCAAAGUUCACCAACAGCUGAAGAGGAAGCGGAGGAGACGCCACCGCACGCCUAGAAGCAGAUAGAGGAGGAUUCGGAACACAACUUAUCGAGCCGGGGUGCCUGGGUCAACUUCCGUUCAAACGCAGAAGUUUAAGCACAAAUAACUUACAAAAAUAAAAAACAAUAGUAAUUAUAACCGGAAGCAACUGCAACCAACUGAUUCAGUUUGAGUCGGGAACGAACGAACGAACAAACAAGGCAUAUAAGGAUUACGGAUACCGGAGCACAAGUCUACUUAAGGCAGGAGGACUAUAGCCAUUUAAGAUACUUUACAACACUCUGCACACCAUACACAACCCGCAAACCAAGAUGAACUCCACCACAAAGCAUCUGCUGCACUGCACACUGCUCAUCACUGUGAUAGUUACCUUCGAAGUAUUCUCCGGCGGUAUUAAGAUUGACGAGAAUUCGUUUACGCUCGUGGAUCCAUGGACUGAAUACGGCCAGUUGGCCACGGUUCUGCUGUACUUACUGCGCUUUCUCACGCUCCUCACGCUGCCCCAGGUGUUGUUUAACUUUUGCGGCCUGGUAUUUUACAAUGCCUUCCCCGAGAAGGUCGUCCUUAAGGGCAGUCCCCUGCUGGCGCCCUUCAUCUGCAUCCGGGUGGUCACGCGCGGCGAUUUCCCGGACUUGGUGAAGACAAAUGUCCUACGCAACAUGAACACCUGUCUGGACACUGGACUGGAGAACUUCCUGAUCGAAGUGGUCACGGAUAAGGCCGUCAACCUAGCGCAACAUCGUCGCAUCCGGGAGAUUGUGGUGCCCAAGGAGUACAAGACGAGAACCGGAGCCCUCUUCAAGUCGCGGGCACUGCAGUAUUGUCUGGAGGAUAAUGUCAACGUGCUGAACGACAGCGAUUGGAUAGUCCAUCUGGAUGAGGAGACGCUGCUAACGGAGAACUCAGUGCGUGGCAUCAUUAACUUUGUGCUGGAUGGCAAGCACCCGUUUGGCCAGGGACUGAUCACCUAUGCCAACGAGAACGUGGUCAAUUGGCUGACCACAUUGGCGGACAGCUUUCGGGUCUCCGAUGACAUGGGCAAGCUGCGACUGCAGUUCAAAUUCUUCCACAAGCCGCUGUUCAGCUGGAAGGGCAGCUAUGUGGUCACCCAGGUGGAUGCGGAGCGUUCUGUGUCCUUUGACAAUGGAAUCGAUGGCUCGGUGGCCGAGGACUGCUUCUUUGCGAUGCGGGCCUUCAGCCAGGGAUACACGUUCAACUUCAUCGAGGGCGAGAUGUACGAAAAGUCGCCGUUCACGCUGCUCGACUUUUUGCAGCAGAGGAAGCGAUGGCUUCAGGGCAUCCUGCUGGUGGUGCACUCCAAGAUGAUUCCCUUCAAGCACAAGCUGCUGCUGGGCAUCAGUGUCUAUUCGUGGGUCACCAUGCCGUUAUCCACGUCGAACAUCAUCUUUGCGGCACUGUAUCCCAUUCCCUGCCCAAAUCUAGUGGAUUUCGUUUGCGCCUUCAUUGCGGCCAUCAAUAUCUAUAUGUACGUGUUUGGCGUAAUCAAAUCCUUUUCGCUUUACCGCUUCGGAUUGUUGCGAUUCUUGGCCUGCGUGCUGGGUGCGGUGUGCACGAUACCCGUGAAUGUGGUCAUCGAGAAUGUGGCCGUCAUUUGGGGCUUGGUUGGCAAAAAGCACAAGUUCUACGUGGUGCAGAAGGAUGUGCGCGUACUGGAGACUGUCUAGGGUAUUUUGGAACUGGAGGAGAGGGAGUCAUCAAGUAGCCAUGGUCAUCAUAUCGCCCAAAACCCCAAUAACCAAAUGAAACAAAGCAAAAAACGAAAGAAAUAUCGCACAAUUUGGCUAGGUUCAGUGUGUUGUCCUGUCACUAUCUGAUUGAUUUACUUUAUUUGUACAUUUUCUAAGCAUAAGAGUCACCCACCCACUAAAACACACACCUGCACAACACACAACACACACCUGCACAACACACACCCGCACACACGCAUAUAAUUGUUGUUUCGUUCUAAAAUCAUGAUCAUUCAUAAUAUUGCCAAAAAAUGAAAGAAAAAAAUCAGAGAAUAGACGUUUAUUAAACCCAAAGGAACAAAUGUUAUAGACAAUGUCUUAAAAAUAAAUCUUUGAAAGUGCACCACUCACCAGCAACAACAUCAAUUAGGGGAAUUAUACCGAUCCAAGAAAACCACACAAAAACUCUCCAUUAAGUGUAAUUUCAUUAUAAAUAUAUUUUUUUGUAUAGUCUGUAGUGAAAAAAUCCGCUAUAUUUAUAUAAAUAUAAAUAUUGUAUGUAUAUUGUGUAGAUUUAUUAUUAUUAUUACGAUUAUUUAAAAAAGUGUACAUUAAUGUAUUGUAAAUUGAUAAUCUGUUAAAUAUCAUUCACACCGAAACCAAGGAUAAAAAGCGAAGCAAACUUAAAUAUUUAGACUUAUGUACUUAAAUGUGCAAAUAUUGAUGUACUUUGUGUAUUGUUUGGCCUGUGUAAAUAUGGCAUUCACUCCAGGAUUUAUACCCGAAAACCCAGAGGAUCAGGAUCGGCAUUUUUCCGUAUUCAUUGUGAAGUCCUUUAACUCCAGAAAAAAUAAUUGUGGUGUGAAUGAUAUGAUCGUGAUUAGUGAAAGAGGUCCUGGAUCAUCUUGUCAGGGCCCCGUCGAAUUUCUCUGUUCUUUAUUUUUGUAGUACUCUGUUUUUAGUUCUCUUUUGAUUGUUUCUCUCUUUGUCAUUCUGUUUAACUGUUAUUGGUGCUUUGAGACCCACGCCCAAACACACCUCCCAAAAAUAUGGAACACGUGCAUUGCAAUCACCUCGUAAAUCCCAAAAGAUGCGAAAAAAGGAUGUCGCACACACCACACUCACACACACACAUUAAACUGUUAUGAAAAAAGAACCAAAUACAAAAACAAUAAUAAAAUGUCAAAAAUAUAA